AUGCCUGAAAACCUUGAAAGGGAGGGGUGGGCUGCCCGAAGAACAUGUAGAGAGAGCUUUAGUGAAGACUUUGGAGAUGCGGACAGGAAGGAAUUUGACCUGGGUUCAACGCUCGUUGGGAAGAACAUUCCCAAAAAGAUGUGUGGACCCGAGCAUGGGUUGGAUAAAGAGUCUGCGGAUGACGAAGAAGGGGAUGAAGAUGAGGAGUGA